AUGAGCUGUUUUGGCUGGUGUGGGAGUGAGGAUGUUCGUAAUCCUGCUGACACCGGACCAAGUCAAGCACAUAACUCAAUAGGUUACAAUGGACGCCACCAUCAAAGAGCUGAUCCACCAAUGAACCAACCAGUAGUUAACAUGCAGCCUAUCGCUGUACCAGCCAUUCCAGUGGAUGAACUGGAAGAUAUAACCGAGAACUUUAGUUCAGAGGUAUUAGUCGGUAAAGGUUCAUAUGGAAGAGUGUUUUACGGUGUUCUUAAAAGCGGUAAAGAAGCUGCCAUCAAGAAACUUUACCCUACUAAGCAGCCAGAUCAAGAAUUUCUUUCCCAGGUAUCAAUGGUUUCAAGACUGCACCACGAAAAUGUUGUAGCACUUAUGGCCUAUUGUGUUGAUGGCCCUCUCCGUGUUCUUGCUUAUGAAUUUGCCACUUAUGGAACUCUUCAUGAUGUUCUUCACGGUCAAACAGGUGUCAUAGGAGCACUACAAGGUCCUGUUAUGACGUGGCAACGAAGAGUCAAAAUAGCUCUUGGUGCAGCCAGAGGACUUGAGUACUUGCAUAAGAAGGUGAACCCUCAGGUUAUCCACCGAGAUAUCAAAGCUAGCAACAUACUUCUGUUUGAUGAUGAUAUUGCCAAAAUUGGUGAUUUUGAUUUGUAUGAUCAAGCCCCUAACAUGGCUGGUCGCCUUCACUCAUGUCGUAUGGCACUAGGAGCAUCUCGUUCUCACUGUCCAGAACAUGCAAUGACAGGAAUAUUGACCACAAAGAGCGAUGUCUACAGUUUUGGCGUUGUUCUGUUGGAGCUCCUUACGGGUCGUAAACCAGUAGAUCGUACCUUACCGCGUGGACAACAAAAUUUAGUGACAUGGGCAACCCCUAAACUAAGCAAAGACAAAGUGAAGCAAUGCGUUGAUGCAAGACUACUUGGAGAGUACCCUCCCAAAGCUGUUGCCAAGCUAGCUGCGGUGUCUGCACGCUGUGUGCAUUAUGAUCCAGAUUUUAGACCAGACAUGAGCAUUGUGGUGAAGGCACUUCAACCUCUUUUAAACUCUUCUCGUUCCUCUCCUCAGACUCCACAUUGGAAUCCUUAUUGACCAAAUAUUCAAUCCCCCAUAUCUCAUCUACGACUACUUCAUGAUGAUUAUCAAAGUGUAUUAUUCACUUUGA